AUCUGUCUUUCACGAAUUGUUCUUAUAUCAAUAUUUGUGUGUUAAAUAAAUAAUGUUAUAUUGUCAUUAUAGUUAGUAUUGCGCUGAUCGCCGAACCGUCUGCACAAAUAGCACUAUUUUUCAGUCUGAAGGGCUCCAAAUCCUGAACUUCAUAUAAAAAUCACAAUGGAAAAUCUAAAACAAAUACCAGAAUCCAAAAAAUGUGAACAAGCAAAAUACGAAUACAUAAAAUCGUCUUAUGCAGGGAUGUUUGAAGUGUUACAGUCGUUACGCCAAGAUGAGGUAUUUUGUGAUAUUAAACUUAAGACAGACGAUAAAAAAAUAAUAUUCGCACAUAAAGUGGUGUUAGCAUCGGCAAGUCCAUAUUUCCAUGCAAUGUUCACACAUUUUUCAGAAAGGAAUCAUGAUGUCGUUGUCAUGAAACAGUUAGAUUCCACUGCUUUACAGGUGUUAGUAAACUUUAUUUAUACUGGAAAAAUCGUGAUCAAUGAAGAAAACGUUCGGGAUUUGUUAUCAGCUGCAAAUCUGUUACAGUUACAAGAAGUAAAAGAGGCAUGUUGUAAUUUUUUACAGUCACAACUCUGCUCUACAAAUUGUUUCAGUAUAAACGCAAUAGCUGAUUUACAUAGUUGUACGGAAUUGUUAACAAGUUCAGAAUUAUAUAUUCACCAACACUUUUCAGAAGCUGCUGAUGGUGACGAAUUCCUAUCCUUAUCAUCUGAAGAGGUAAUUAAGUUGAUCUCUAGUGAUAAACUUAUAGUUCCAUCUGAAGAAAAAGUAUUUGAAAGUGUUAUUCGAUGGGUAAAACAUGAAUUGGGUACGAGAAAAUGUAUUUUGCCCCAAUUAAUGAAACACGUACGCUUACCAUUAGCAUCGAAACAUUACAUAUUGAAAAAAGUAGUUGAGGAACCUCUUAUUAAGAAUAGCCUAGUGUGUAAAGAUUACGUAAUUGAAGCAUUACAUUUUCAUUUACUCAAGUCAGAUGAUAUCAUCCCGCCAAACAACCGGAAUACACCUAGACACAGAGAUAACGUUAUUUUAGACAAUUGUGGAUAUAAGAUUGCCUCAAGAAAGCAUCGGAUUUUUCACGAGGAUGCUAUGUCCAGGUUUGUAGAACGUUGCCGGCAGCAGCGGGCCUACCGCGUCCGUAGGUUAUAGCGUAGCUUUUAGUUUACCUUCACUUAAUAGCUAAUAUUAUACUACAUAAUCAAAAUAAACAAUUAAACUUUAUUUAAUAUGUAC